UGAUAACGGUAUCCCUUGGGGAGGACAUUCCCAUGAGUUCCCCCCCAUUAUUCCAUGCGUGGGCUACGGAGUAUUGUAUAAAGCAUGAACUCGUGCCCGCCAAAUCCCUAGUCUACGGAAUCCAUCUAGUUAUUCGUCAUGGAGAAGAUUGGCGAGGAUCCAGCUCCAGAUAGUCGCGAAUCCCCUUCGAAAAGGCAAAAGACCCUCAUUUCACAUUGUGGGGAUCAGAAAACAGCGGACGCUAGUCUCGAAUCUGGGGAAGAAAAGUUGAUCGAUGGAAGCAACAACAGUACCGCGCGUCAUGUGUCAGAUCCGGAAUCUGUGGAGGAAAAAUUGAGCGGUGGAAACAGCGGCAUCACCAUGCCGAGCGAGGAAGAGGAGAUGAGUGCGGAUGAAGAAAUGGUGGGUGGCGAGUUUAAAGUAAAAGUUAUCUACGCUGAUAAUGACUGCUAUAUGUCGCUGGAGGACGAUGAUGAGGAAGCCUCUGACGACAGUACCGCCACCUAUGACAGUGAUGACUCUUAUGCUGGAAACUUGAGUGACUAUGAAAGUAAAAAGGAUUGGAAGAAAGGAAUGAAGUACAACAGACUGUUAUCGGAAACGGAUGGCUUUGGUGCUAUCACCGUUAUACCAAAAGCGGUUAUUAACGGAAUAUGGCCUAUUAAAUUGAUUGGAAAGCACCAAUCUAAUUUGGAGAAAUACACCAACUUGGCUAUUCAGAAGUACAACUCUGAAAACGACACAAGUCUGGAAUUUGAAGGGAUUGCGAGGGCAAACCUUGGAAUGGGUUCUGGCUAUAUUUAUUACAUAACAUUCAGGGCUAGAGACACAGUUUCUGGAGUGGUGAAUGCAUAUGAAGCUAAAGCCUUUCACUCCUACGUUUCAGAGUCUAAGCAUGAAUUGCUGUUUGUUAGGAUGGCACAGGAACAGAUGGAGGUUUGAGCAAGUGAUAUGUUUGGGGACAAGAACACCGUUUUAUUUUUUACUCCAUAUUAAUAUUAAGGAUGUUAUUGCUGUCUGUAUUGAUACCUGACCAAGUAUCUUUUGUGCAAAGCGGUUCCAUUCAGAGGGAAUCUCCUAAUUAUUUCACAAUAGGUAAUUGUAUGGGUUUGUAAUCACAACCCCUGUAUUCGGGAGGGGAUUGACCUUUAACUUCAAUUGAAAAGCUGUAAUUGAGAAGCCAGCUGAAAUUAAACGUGCCGGGUUGUUUAAGUAUAAGAGGGGAUUGGCCUUUCAAUUAGAAUGGGCCAGAGUUUGCGCAGAAGAGGAUUUGGUUUCCUCUAAAUGAUACUAC